ACAAGUGGCUUUUGCUUGGUAAUUACAUGCGUACAUGAUCGAUGUUUGCUGUGUGUGUCUCGCGCUCUACAUCUAGUACUUGAUGUAUAUGCAUUAAUUUCUGAGGUGAAGCGCAAUAUUAAUUAAUUGUUUUGGUUAGAAGCAGGAAAAAUGGAAGUAGGUUGGGCUGUGAAGGCAAUCAUCGUCAUCGUAAUAUCGUCCGUGCUGCUUCGUUGCGCCUCUGCGACGACUAACCACUCCGUUGGAGGUCCUACUGGUUGGGACCUUGCUUCCGACCUCCGGGCUUGGGCUGCUGCCACUACAUUUUACGCUGGCGACAAUCUAGUAUUCAGUUACGGACCAACGCACGACGUGCUGGAAGUGAAUGGAGCGGAUUUCGCCAGGUGUCGAACGACUAACCCAAUCAAAGCGUACAACGAUGGAGAGACGGUGGUCCUACUGGAGGAAGGUGGGACCACCAGGUAUUUCUUCUGCGGGCGAAGUCGUCACUGCGAUAUGGGCCUCAAACUUGAGGUGGAAGUCCUCCUUUCUCGGCCCGAUAAUGCUAAUGGUACUACAAGGCCGCAUACUCCUUCGCCUCCUCCAUAUUCAAGCAGCAGCCAAUCUCCUGAAUAUCCCUAUGAUCAUCCUCAUCAUCUUCCACUUUCACCGCCUGCAGUACCAAUCGAUGAUAAUCAUCGUCACCAUGAAUAUUCCAGUACGUCUGGAUCUGAUCAAGGUGGUCGUGUUUCUGAUCCUCCUAUCAAGUUACUCAUUGGGAUUAAUGCCAUCUGGCUCUCAGUUCAUGCUCGAGGCCGCCGCUUCUUCUUUCUCCGCUGCACCUGCUGGUUACAUGUCGUUGCUUCCGUACUAGCUGUCAUCGUAAUUGUCUUUUUCUAGCUAGUCAUGAACUCGCUACUCUCUCUCUCUUUCUCUCCCUGUCGCCAUGGAUCAAAUUCCACUUGUAAUCGUCAUGACUGGGUUUCUUGAAUGAAAGAUAAACGAAAGUGCAGUGUUCUCACUUCUCUAAG